GGGGGGGGGGGAAGCCAUAGCAGAGCCAAACCCUGCCAGAAGCUGCGACGGGGAAGGGAUGUUGAGGCUCUCCCUGUGAUGGGAACACCAGUGUCACCCCAGGAGCUCUCUCCUUGUCCCCAGGGUGUCCCUGGGCUGUGUCCCCUGCUCCGUGUGCUCCGUGGGGGUCCCGAGUCUCCCACCUGUGCUGGGAUGGCCGCGAGCCGGGCCCUGAGUGUCCUGUACCCCUGUGCCGUGUCCCGGCUCCCUCUGGCCGCCUCCACCCGCAGCAAUUCCAACCGCGCCUCCGUGUCCCACCUGCACCGGCAGCACUACGGGCGCCUCUACCCCGUCCUGCUGGUGGGCACCGACGGCUCCACCACCCGCCUGCGCUACCAGGAGCCCAAGAGGAUCCUCAUGCUGCCGCUGGACAGCACCACGCUGCCCGAGGCCGAGCGCAGGGCCCGUCUGCGCCGGCAGUUCCCCGGCAAACCCAAGCCCAAGACCGAGGAGACCUUCGAGGGCAUCGACCUGGAGACCUACAAGAAGUUUUGGAAGAAGUGAACGCAGAAUAAAUAAAUAAAUAAACAAGCAAACCAACCAA